AUGGGUCCUCACCACCCAUCAACGCAUAGUGUUCUUGAACUGAUUGUUAUUCUUGACGUUAUUGACUGUGAACCGAAUUUACACAGAGGGAUGGAAAAAAAUAGGGGAAAAUCAAGCAAUUAUACAAUAUUUGCCUUAUGUAACACGUUGGGAUUAUUUAGCUACUAUGUUCACAGAAUCAAUAACCGUAAAUGGACCCGAACAGAUAGGAAAUAUAAGUAUCUAAAAGAGCUAGCUAUAUCAGAGCUAUUAUGUUGCCGAGAUUGGGGGAAGGGCAGAGACCCCAUUCUUCUCUUCUAUAUUUUUCGAGAACGAGAAUUAAGAUAUGACCUAUUCGAAGCUGCUCCUGAAUCCUUAAAAUUCAAAGAAGUCUGCAGAAUCAUAUGGGCGCUUGAGCCUAGUGUAUUAGGAAUCACCCCUGGUAUACUACUAAUUAUUUUGUUAGAAAGAGAAAUAUCUGCGGGAAUACAACAACAUAUUGGACCUGAAUACGCCGGGCUGUUGGGAAUUCUGCAAGUUCUAGCUGAUGGUACAAAACUAGUUUCAAAGAGAAUCUUCUUCCUUCUAGAGGAAAUACUAUAUCGGUUCACCAACAGCAUAAUUCCUUUUAGCUAUCGCUUUAUUCUAGCGGAUCUUAGCAUUGAUGCUUUUUUGUGGAUUGCCCUUCCAUGUCUUGCUCCCAUUGGACUUCUUAUGUCAGAAUAUGGGUCAAAUAAUAAAUAUUUCCUUUUUGGUGAAUUAAGGGCUGCUGAUCAAUCAAUUUAG